CCGGACGCUCCGCAAUCGGUGGACCGUCGAACGAGCGCGCGUGCGGCAAUAUUCAAAACCGGUCGAAUAUUCUUGAUAAUUUUAUUGUACGAUCAACGGUUCGCGCCCGCGGUGUUGCUUUAUGGACCCAUCUCUUCGAUUGGGUCGGAAAGGGGAAAAUCUUCGCUACCGGUUGAAAGUUUAAUUAUUAUUAUUGUUUGGCCGGCGAUAGUGUGUUUACUUGCUGAUAUAUCGGUGCUUGGACCGGGAUCAUCAAACGGAGCCCCCCGGGAUCCUCGGUUUUCAAUACUUUAUGCUGGUCGUACGCUAUAGACCGCGCGUUUGAGGUGUGAAAAUUUUUGUGAAAGUGCGAGACAAUUAGGUGUUGAUCACUGGUAGCCGUGAAAAAUGUGAUCUUCUUUGCACCCUGGCUUAUGAUUCGUUGUAAUACUAGUAGCUAGACCUGACCAAAUGGUUUGUUUGGGUGCUUCCUAGUCAACUCCUAGCGCCCAGGCAAAUAUUGUUCGCAGUCAUCGCUGCCAAAAAAUAAUCGUUUUGAUAACAAAUAUAAAACACCCCCUGAGGGCGUGAGUGAAGUGUCAACGGAGUAUGUGUUGAGAAGUGUUAAAAGUGUGCGAAAUUUGUGACACGGUUGUCGAUUGAUUUAUUCCGGCGCCGAAACAAACUAAAAGGAGACCUUGCUGCCCCAUAGCCGUAAUGCAUCAUUUGGACUUUGGCAGCAUUAGACAUUCCGACGGCGCCGGUGGAGGUGGUGGCAUUGCCACUGCUCUUGGCAUUCAUGGUAGUUCCAAUAUGGGUAUCACCUCGCCGUACGACGCGCUACAUGCCGUGGCCACUAGUUCUGCUGCAGAAAUGCCGGUUGAUUUUCAUCAUCACUACACCCCGACGGAGUACUGGAACGCAACGCCAUACAAAAAUGGAUCCACCCCCAUGAAGGAGAUAGAAGCGUGUCUGCAGAACGCAAACAAAAGCCAGUACAACCCUCUGGAACAGGUCGAACAACUCAGCAUCAAUUGUGAUAGUGAUAGUCUGCAUAGCAAUGGUAGUCUUCUAACAAACAGUAACAAUAACAACAACAACAACAACAACACGCUAAGUAGCAAUAAAAAUCUUAACGACACCGAAAGUAGCCCCUCAAGCAAAACCUGCUCCAGUGUUUCCAAUGGAACCAGCAGCACAAGUCCCGGUGGCAAUUCAAAUGCACCCGCCACUAAACCGCACCCGAAUGUAAGCAAAAAAACCAACCUCACGGACGAAAAACCUUAUCACUCAUCGCUCGCUACCGUCAUGGUAAUGCUCGAAGGUAAACAUUUGUGGGACAAGUUCCACGAACAGGGUACGGAGAUGAUUGUUACCAAGGCCGGCCGGCGGAUGUUUCCCACCUUCCAGGUAAAGGUCGUUGGUCUAGAGCUGACAGCGGAAUACCUCAUGAUAAUGGAUUUCGUUCCGCUGGAUGAUAAGCGGUACCGAUAUGCUUUCCAUACUUCCAGCUGGGUAGUAGCUGGCAAAGCAGAUCCCGUCUCUCCACCCCGAAUAAGUGUCCACCCGGACUCGCCGGCAAGCGGGGCCACCUGGAUGAAGCAGACUAUUUCCUUCGACAAGCUGAAGCUGACCAACAAUCAGCUGGACGAUAACGGACACAUCAUCCUCAACUCGAUGCAUCGGUAUCAGCCGCGCCUUCAUGUCUGCCAUUUUUCACGAACUAGCAGUCACGGAUCGGUAAAAGAUGAGAAGGACAUGUUGAGCCAUCGGACGUUCAUCUUUCCGGAGACGUCAUUCACUGCGGUGACGGCCUACCAAAAUCAGCGGGUCACCCAGUUGAAAAUCGUGAGCAAUCCAUUCGCCAAAGGCUUCCGCGACAACGAAACCAACGAAGACUCUCAGGAACGGAUUCCCUCCAUGAACGAACGGAUUAAAAGUGAUCGUGGGACGAACUACAAGAGGGAAAGUGAAAUAGCAAAUUCUGCUACGAUGACAUCAACGUCGGUAGCAGCGAUGACAGGCCCGGCGAUAUCCCCCAACUCCACCGGUAGCAACGGAGGCACUCCUAUGGCCAAUAGCUCCAGCAGUCACACCGGUUCCAGUAUGUUCCAGCCGUCAUUGGUGAGUCCCUCGACCGGUCUUUCCCCGUACAGCAUAAGUUCGCACAACAACCCAGCAAUGCUGGGUCAACCGUACGCGACGGAACCGAGCGGAUUUGGACCUAUUUAUCACCAUCACCAUCAUGGUCACAGUUCAUUUUCCCCACACCAUGGGUCGUAUAUGAGUUCGUUUGAUAAAUACGACAAAUACAAAAUAGUACCGACAACGCCACCGCAUCAUACGAAUCACACGGUGGCAGCGACAGCCGCAUACGGUGGUCAUUAUCAGGGAUUCUACGGCACCCCUAGUCCCAGUCAUCAUCAGUUGAUGAGGCAGAAUAAUAGCUGCAUAGAUUAUGUGCAAAGAUAAGAAUAUUUGUUAUCACAGAUCCGUGUAAAUAGUUCUUAACAUUUUGGAUAGACGUUUAAUGUGAUUAAUCUAUGCUGUAUCUCGCUAGACUGCUUCAACUGUAACCAAAAAAAAAUAAUCCAAAGAAUCAA